UGUUUUUCAGUGUAAAUGAGUGUUUUUAUUCAAGAGUGAAAUCCUUUUUGUUUGACUAGAAAAAGCAGUUUUAUCAGUACCAAACUCCAUUGGCAAAAACGCUAAUUUUACAGAGCAGCACUCAGGAGCUGCUGAAGCGUCUGCCACUCAUCUGUUAGUUUGUUUGUGUAAUUUCUCUGGUACUUUCACUUGUGUAAAGGAUCUGAAUACUUCUUUAACCACUGAAUGUCACACAAUAACACAAACUAAUUACAACAGUAUUCCAGCAGCUCCUGUUUUCUCCUUGCUAAAAACACUGUUUUUGUCAUUGGAGUCUGGUAUUGAUAGAUACUGAUUUUUCUGCUGCUGCUGCAAUGUAAACAAAAAUGAUUCCUACAGAGAUGGAUGUUUUUGUUAAAGAGUAAGAUCCUUUUUGUUUAACCAGAAACAUCGCUACAUAUCAGUACCAGACUCCAUUGACAAAAACAGCAAUUUUAAAUGGGGGUUUCUGUAAUUCCACUGCCUCAAUCUGUUAGUUAAUUUGUGUUACUGUGUGACUUUCAGUAGUGGAAGAAGUAAUCGGAUCAUUUAUAUAAGUUAAAGUACCACACAAUAACACAAACAAACAAACAAAUAGAGGCAGUGUUAUUCCUGCAGCUCCUGUGUUCUGCUCAGUAAAAUUGCCGUUUUUCUCAAUGGAGUCUGGUAUUAAUAUGUUAAGUUUACUUUGGCAUUUCUGUUCUGCAUCUUCUUGUUGCUUAAUUGACCUGACAUUUACACUAAUAUCAGUAUGCAUUUGCUAAAGAGGAAAUGUUUCUUUAAUGUGAAAUUCACCUUUGUUUUGUCUGUGCUCUGCUCUGCUGCUCUGGUCUGUGCAGCUGCACUGCAGAGGCUGUCCAGUCUGAAGUAAUCGAGCUCAGAUAGUGUGAGUAUAGUGGUGUGUCAGAGUCUGUGCACCAGCAGGAAGGAGGGAGGAGAGGAGGAGAGGUUACUUUAAAUCAUGGCUGAUGAAGGAGGAGUGAUGGAUGAUGCUUCUUCUGAAGUGUUUGUUGUUUUCUGUUCGCCACAACAAACAAUCGUGAGAGAUCUUCUCCUCAUCCUCUCCCUCCUCUCUCUCCUCUGUCCUCCCUCCCUCACCCUCUCUUGCACUGCCUGCGUCACUCUGCCUCCUGAGCUGCUGUAUUUAUCCUGCAGAGCGCUCGGUGUGUGUACGAGUGUGUGUGUGUGUGUUUUCUCAGAUGGUAAAGCGACUGAGUCAGGGAGGUGCUGCCUCUCAUCUCUCUCUCCGCUGUUCCCACCAUCCCUCACUCUCCCUCCUCUCCUCCUCUUGCUGCCAUGGAGGCUGAAUCACAGCAGCGUCUGCAGAAAGAGCUGAGCAGGUAGAUGUGCAUGUAUACGUGGUGCUCCAUAUUGGGCCAGUAUGGAGUGUGUGUGUCUGAGGAGGUGGGCAGUCGGCUCUGCUGUCGUGUUCCUUCACACACUGGCCUUAUCCUGGACAGGUGCGAUUGAGCCCGCCCCCAAAAUUGACGGAUGGCACCAGGCAGCAGUGACGCUGCAGGAGAACAUGACGCACCGGUUCAACUGCCAAUCAGAUGGCUGGGAUCCCCGUGCGCCUCCCCUGCUCACCUGGUACCUGAACGGGAAGCAGCAGAGAGAGCCAUCACCCAACCGCGGGCGCCUGGUGAUGACAUCGCAGGAAGAUUCUGACGUCAUGAGACCGGGGACCAAUCACAACAGCACCUUCUCUCUGCAGGCCAGGAAGUGGGACCGGGAGCUGGUGUGUGUUGCGUCAAACCCCCGGACAGGAGAGAGCUACAACGCGACAGUCACGCUCAACGUCCAGUUCCAGCCAGAAAUCCUCAGGGUGAACGCCCACUACAGCGAAACCUCAGACCCCGGCCUCUCCCUGGUCCUGUUCGCCUUGGUGCGGUCCAACCCGCCUGCCACUAUCACCUUCGUGGACCAGUCUGGCCAGCUGGUGGCCAACACCUCCGACUUCCUCAUCCUGGACUCCCGAAGCUACCCCUGGCUGACCAAUCACACGCUCAGGGUGACGCUCAGCAGCCUAUCAGGGAACGUUUCACUGAACGCCAGCAACAGCGUGGGAACGGUGCAGAGCAACCUCACACUGGCAGAGUUCCUGCAGUCCCGAGUGGAGGUGCCCAUGCUGGGAAUAGUGACCGGAGGAUCCAUGGCCUUCAUGGCCCUCCUCAUCCUCAGUCUGAUAGUUCUCUGCCUCAUGCAAAAAAACAAAAGCAAGACCAUCGAUGAGCCAGUGGAGAUUCUGAUGACCAAGAAAAGUGACUCUGCCAAUCUGAAGGUGGAGAAAGCUGAUAAGACCUAUAUCCCCAGGGAAAACAUGUCUCUGCCUUCCAACAUGCAGCUCAACGACCUCAGCACUUUGAGAAAAGCCCGAGAGGCCGCCCAGCAGAACAGCGUGGGAGAGAAGAAAGAAGAAGAGGAGGAGGAAGAUCUGUCUUUAGCCUACGCCGCCAGAGGUUUUGCCAGAUAUCCGAUGGUGGGCUACAUCUAUAAGGUGAACAGCACAAGCAGCGAGGAGAUCUGGCUCUGACUUACCUCAAAGUUAACACACAAAACCCUACAUGCAUGCAACUACUUCCAACAGUGCAGCUGUCCGAGAGGAAAAAAAAAACAAAAACCCCAGAACAACUGCCAGUCAGUAAAUCAGUCAUUCAACCAAUCAUCUGUCACCUCCGAGCUGGACCGGGACGACCAGGACUAUGUUGUUUCAGGACUUACAUACAGCAUCAACACGCUCUGUUUCUCCAACUCAAACACGUCCACAAAACAAAAAAAAACCCUGUUGUUGUUUUCGUCUCUCUGAAUUGACCACUCGGGUAUUAUUACACCGCUAACGUGUUGUCUCGCAACGUACAUGAAAAACAUAUUAUUCUGAGAUGUUUUUGACAUGAUUCUCCUCCUAUAACCACGUCCUCAUAACGUCUGUCUCCCUGUUGCAUUAUUGGAAUGCAUUAAAUGUCCUAUGCUAA